AUGGCUCCUCCCAAUACUGACGCUAUCGUUCAAGAGAUCGAAAAACUCAACCUUCAAACCCUCGCUCGUACCAAGGGAAACUACUUGGUUUAUCCUGAUGUCAAGUACCCUGAACUCGAAUUAUUUGAUCAUCAAGAUCCUGGACAUCGUGCUGAUCCAAAGAAGGCUUCUCUCUACGACAAUGCUGAAAAGAUCUUUGAUUUGACUCCUCACAUUGGUACUGAGGUUCAUGGCCUCCAAUUGAGCGCUUUGACCGAUACUCAAAAGGACGACUUGGCAUUGUUGGUUGCUGAACGUGGUGUUGUCUUUUUCAGAGAUCAAGACAUUGACGUUUAUCAAGCUCGUGAAUGGGCUAAAUACUUUGGUCCUCUCCAUAUUCACAACACAUUUGGUCAUCCUCCUGGACUUCCUGAAGUCCAUGUUGUCUACUUUGAUGCUGAUACCUUGAAAAAGUACAAGUCCAUUGGUGGUGUCAAUUUCGGUCAACGCAGUGCAGCAGACGGCUGGCACUCAGAUGUUACAUACGACAAUCAACCAGCUGGCUUGACUUUGCUCAAGAUUGACACGUUACCUGAAGAAGCUGGAGGGGAUACUUUGUGGUCAUCUGGGUACACUGCCUAUGAUAGACUCUCACCCGCUUUCCAAAAGUUCCUUGAGGGUUUAGAGGCUGUUCACUCUGGUCAACAGCAAGUAGACGAAGCAAACCGUGCUGGCCAUGUUGUUCGUCGCAAGACUUGGACCUCUGUUCAUCCCGUUGUUCGUACUCACCCUGUUACUGGCUGGAAAUCUUUGUUCGUCCAGCCUGGCUUCACUCGCUCCAUUGUCGGCCUCAACAAGCGCGAGUCUGAUAUCAUUCUUCAAUAUCUCUUUGACCACAUCAGUGGCGGUGUUGACUUCCAAGUUCGUUUCAAGUGGCAAGAAAACAGUGUUGCUGUUUGGGAUAAUCGUUCUACUAACCACAAUGCUGUCUUUGAUUAUCUAUUUGGUAAUAACAAGCGCCACGGGUACCGUCUCACACCCCAGGGCGAAAAGCCCUAUUAUGAUCCCAACAGUAAAUCAAGACAGCAAGAUUUGGAGGAGAGAGAAGCGAAGCAAUUGAAUAAGUAG